AAUAACUGUUGUGCACAUCUCAGCUGGCAGACAUUUAAAAGGGAGACAGUCCGGCGCUGGAGCAAUUUGUAUUAAACCCCCUGGCCCCUGUCUAUGGAGUGCUUAGUCUUUCACCCACCCGCAGCCCCUCCAGUGUACAGCCGACUGCCGUAGGUGCCGAUCACCUCCAAAAGUGACGUAGAGGAUUUUAAAGUAUCAGAUCAUCCUCUCUUUUUUGUAGGCGUGGAUAGUCACCCAGGAUGGCUUUCUCGUGGCGCAUUUUCUGCGGGAUGGUUUUCAUCACUGGCUUGUUGUUCUCUCCCGUGGAUUCAAAAAGAAACCGAGGUUCACAGGGGGCAAUUCCUCAUCCUGACAAAAACAACCCGAACGAAUCGGAGCAGCAGCCGCAGCCUUCACAGGCAGGAGGAUCUGGCUCCCGACAAAAGCCGGGCUCAUCCUCACCAGCUGACGAGGUGCUGGAGUCCAGCCAGGAAGCGUUACAUGUGACGGAGCGCCAGUAUUUGAAACGGGACUGGUGUAAGACGCAGCCCCUCAAACAGACGAUCCACGAGGAGGGCUGCAUCAGCCGCACCAUCAUCAACCGCUUCUGCUACGGACAGUGCAACUCCUUCUACAUCCCCCGGCACAUCCGCAAGGAGGAAGGGGCUUUCCAGUCCUGUUCGUUCUGCAAGCCCAAACGUUUUACCGCCAUGACUUUUACCUUGAACUGUCCGGACCAGCAGCCACCCAGGAAGAGAAAACGCAUCAUGCGCGUCAAGCAGUGUCGCUGCAUUUCCAUAGACCUGGAUUAAAGACGCACAAUCGCGUUAUUCCUCUUGGACUGCGUGUUUGGAUGAAAGAGCGUCAUCGUGGCACGCGGCUGUCUCUACGCAGAGAUGCGCAUGACAAAAAAACACAAGAGGCUGAACGUCACAGCAUGGAGACGCUGACUUGGAAUGGGCACAUUUUUACGCACGGCUUCUGUACAUGCUUCCCUCUGUUCAUGCAACAAAAAUGACUGAUCCUUGUUAGUAUUAUUUUUUAUUUACUGCUCCGAACACUUUUUAUGAACGGGAAAUGUUUUUUUUAGUCCUAUAUAUUUUACACAUAAAUUUGUAGAACUGGAUGUUUCCACUGUGUGGAAUUUUUAAAGAAUGAAUAUUUGAAAAUAAAAAUGUGAUUUUCUUUUAUUAUUUCGAUAUUUCAAGAAUCUUGUAAGGUUAACCUAAAUGAUUUCUGUGAAUUUCGAACAUAUUUCUAUUGCAUUUCUUGGGAUAUACUCCUAAAAAUACUCGUACUCCUAAAUAUAUAGAGAUUCUUCUGUAAGUUUAUGCUGAAUAUGUACAGUGCUGGUUUUUCAAACCCUAAAUAAACUGUUGAUCUUUGAUUUAA